CCCACGACUUCCCGAUUUAUUCUCUUCAGCCAUUCUUGCUUGCUGCCUGUUGUCAUCGAUUGACUGCUUGAUCCUCGUCGCCACCUUUGCUCCCCGAUUCACCCAGGGUGUCGUUGAACCAGGUUGCGGGCUCCCCACAGUCUCCCGGUUCUUCUCUGCCUACGUCACCAUCCGCAUUGCGUUCAUCUUGGCCUCUUCUUUACCUUUCUCGCCCUACUCACCCCUCCUCUCCUCUCCAACGUCUUGUCAAACCCCCUCCUGUCCUUUCCAAACCGUAGCUCAAUUUUUGCCAAUUCCUCCCUGCUCAACUCUCCGCUCUGUUGUAACUACUGUCGAUUCGGGAACGUAAUCGUUCUACCUAUCGGUUUUUUGUCCCACCUCCACCUCUCCGCUCCUACUUGUUCCCCUCGUCGAUUUCACGAGAAAUAUUACAGCAACCAUGCGCAAGAACCCUUUUGACAUGUCUGAGCUCGACGCCGAAAUCGAGGCCAACGAAGAGCAGCAACACCAAGUCCGCAUCCAUGCCCGCCAAUCAAUUGACGGCGAACGGUCGUUGUUGCAGGAUGAGGAGCGUCGGCAAGACGACUUGAAGGAUCGUUUCAUUGGUGCCAUUGACCAGGGUACUACGAGUACGCGGUUCAUUAUUUUCGACUGCGUGGGCAACCCCGUUGCCAAAUACCAGGCGGAAUACCGCCAACUCCACGAGCAUUCAGGAUGGCACGAACAAGAUCCGUAUGAGAUGGUAGAUUCCGUCUACACGUGUAUUGAAGAGGCCAUGAAAACAUUCCUCGCCCUUGGUCAUUCUAAGUCAGAUAUUGAAGCAAUCGGUCUCACUAGCCAACGUGAGACAGUCCUCUGCUGGGAUUGGGAAACUGGUGAACCUCUAUGUCCCUCGAUUGCUUGGCCCGAUACCCGAACAAAAGCCCUUGUUCGAGAAUUGAAAGCACAAAAAGGCGCCGAUGAACUGAAGAACAUUUGCGGUCUGCCACUAUCCACAUAUCCUUCGUCUGUCUCAUUGGUCUGGCUACUCCGCAACAACGAGGCCGUGAAACAGGCGUACGAGGAAGGACGACUUGCUUUUGGCACUGUCGAUUCAUGGCUCAUCUACAACCUGAACGGUGGUCUAGAGGGUCGCCACCACGUAACGGAUGUGACCAAUGCCUCUAGAACCAUGUUGAUGAACCUCGAGACGCUCGAUUAUGAUAAACGACUUCUGGACUUCUUUGGGUUAGACCCCAAGAAGAUCCGGCUGCCCAAGAUUCUUCCAUCCUCUGACCCUGAGGGGUUCGGAUAUGUACGGUCAGGCCCCUUAGAAGGAGUUCCGAUCACUAGCGACCUUGGAGAUCAGUCUGCGGCGCUUGUUGGCCACUGUGCGUUUACUCCGGGCAUGGCGAAGAAUACCUAUGGUACUGGAUGCUUCCUCCUGUACAACGUUGGCGAGAAACCGGUUAUUUCGAAGCAUGGCCUGCUCGGUACUGUCGGAUUUCAAUUAGGAAAGAACCGGAAGCCCGUGUAUGCACUUGAAGGAAGUGUGGCCGUCGCUGGUAGUGGUGUUUCAUUCCUCAUGAACAAUAUGGGCUUUUUCCGAGACUCACGUAAAGUGAGUGACUUGGCGGCAAUGGUUCCAGACAACGGAGGGUGUGUCUUCGUCACAGCCUUCAGUGGUCUCUUUGCGCCAUACUGGAUUGAUGACGCCAAGGGAACAAUUUUUGGAAUCACGCAACAUACCCAACGUGGUCACAUCGCACGUGCGACUAUGGAGGCCGCCUGCUUCCAAACCAAAGCGAUUCUCGAUGCCAUGGAGAUGGACAGUGGGCACUCCCUCUCUCAGCUCGCCGUCGACGGAGGAAUGAGCAACUCGGAUAUCUGCAUGCAGACCCAAGCAGACAUCAUUCAAAUUCCCGUCGAACGACCGGCCAUGCAUGAGACGACAGCGCUGGGCGCAGCAAUCGCCGCCGGCUUCGCCAUCGAUAUCUGGAAGGAAUUUGAUGAACUUAAAAACAUGAACCGCGCCAACCGAACCUCAUUCACCCCCGCAAUCUCCCGCGAACAAAGCCAGAAGAUGUAUAAACAGUGGACGAAAGCCGUCGAAAUGUCUCGCGGUUGGGUGGAUACCAAGGAGAUGGGAGGUGAGGACGACUAGACGAUUGUCUCUCCUCUUUCAUUCCGUGUUUCUAUAAUGAUACAACCAGUCGAGCCGGUGACCGGACAUCUUCCAAUAAGCCCGACUGCUUUUACAUCGCCUGCGUUGUACAUCUCCAAGCUCGUCCUUUCAACAAACGAUCCCAAGAGCCGAGUUGAGCCGACAUGACACUUCUCCCACUUCUCUGUAUAUUCGCAUGAUUCUUACGAUUGAGCGUUGUCUAUUUCUUCUUUCCUCUUAUCUUUUCCUUUUCCACCGUUUACACUUGGUUCGGUUAGAACAUGGUUUCUGGGGGAUAAGAUACUUGCUUUUUGCCUGCCUUGAUUGGCAGACCUGACUUCUUCCGGAUUGAUGGAUUUCUUCUCCAUCCCUCCGAGACAUGAAUUAUACAUUAGAUAGGUACAUAAGGGAUAAAUAUAAAACUAUAAUCUGG